AUGGACUCAAGCUUGCGCCUGAGGCGCCCGCCAGAGACUACAUCUGGCUCCUCUGCGCCGCCAGAGAAGCAGCUAGGCCAAACGCCUUCUAAAGCAGAAGCCGCAUUGGCAACAGCGUACAGGCAGCACGUCAGACCGGUCAUCCGAGCUGAUCCUACGAUGGCUUCCGCUUUCGAUCCUACGGAAGAUCCUGAGCUGUAUGCUCUCUGGUGCAAGUGA